AGCUCCUGCCAGCAGCGUUUGUCUCACACCAUUCUUAGCGAUCUGGCUUUGGCUCUCAUUGAUGGUACAGUUUUCGAAAUAGUACAAGGUCUGUUGGAGAUUCAACAUCUAACGGAGAAAAACCUUUACAAUCAGCGAUUAAAGCUUCAUGCAGAGCACAGAGGUAACGGCAGGUGAACACUUGAGCACCAAUGUAUUCUGCAGUCUUGGGAACAGUCUAUGGUUCCCAAGUUUUUUGUCAAAUAAUUUUGGGUAGUUAAACAAAAAUCACCAUCCAAGCCUUGUGGAUUGAGCAACACUUAUUGUAUAUACAGUAUGUGCUGUUUUGUUCUCUACUUUUAUUGCAUAUGCUCAUGGAGAGGACUCAAGCCACACACACAUUCUUGUGUGGGGAUUGUACCACUCCACAUUAAUUAAUAGGAGUAAAGCAGAGGCUUUAAUAAAUGUGAGUUAAUUUAUAGUCAUCUUACCGAUCAAAUUAUUACUUACUCUACAUACUACGCUAUGUAGGCAUCUGUUCUGUUUUCUGCUUGAUCUGUUCUACAUUCUGCGGCACACUGAGCCUGGACCAAGACACAAACCUCACAUUCUUAAGCGAGGAUUGUACCACUCAUGCACUUCAAGAGCUUUCUUACAGCUCAUUAAUGAGUAAGUGUAUUUCUUAUUCUAUCCAUGAGUAUCCAUAAUGAGUAUCUACUUGUCGUUUUUUUUUAACCCUGCAGUGCAAAACAUUGUUUUGUAGGUACAACAAUGUUUUUAUUGCAGAGUUAAGCACACUUCUAGUGCCGGUCUUCCUGAGUCGGACUCUGUUCUCAUUCAAAUGCUGCUCAGUGUGGCGAUUGCCAUGCAUGCACACUAGCCUGUCAAUGCUUCCCUAUGGGGAAUUGCAAGGAGGGGGGUCACCUAAAACGGUUAUUAAGCGACUAUGGUUUUAGUAAUACAUAUUUGUAAUUCUAACGCUAUAGUCCUCCUUUAAAAAUGAUUGGAUGCUGAAUGGAAGGACAGUGGCAGGGUAUUCCAGACAUUAUAACGACUUCAAUAAGAUGAAGUAGUUCCUGUAUCUCUUUUGAGACUAUGCCUAUAAUGUAAAAAGGACCACAAUAUUAUUGAGGUGUUUUGAUGAUUUGUUUAGAGUAAUUCAUUAUAAAUGUAAAAAACGAUAUACUCUCUUAUAAAUGUCCCAGAAUGGCUGCAAAUUGCUAGGGUCUGCAGGGACGAGGAAAUAAGAUAUGUCCAUAGUUAUUAGAGGGAAAGCUGCACACAACCAUUAAAACCCUAAUUUAUUCAGAUAGUGACUUUCUAUUGAUAAUGGUAGAAGCACUGAACUGGUUCAUAUCUAGGGUUAUUCACUAAAGUGACAAUUCAUGGUGAAUUCAUGGUGCAUUCAAAGUGAAUUCAAAGCAUAGUCUUUCUGAUGUUACAUUUUAGAGAUAGAGAAGAAGUACCGUAUAUACUCGUGUAUAAGUCGAUCUCAUGUAUAAGUCGAGUGCAGUUUUGUGACCAACAAUUGUGAAAUAUGAUUUGCCUCGUGGAUAAGUCGAGGGUAAAACUUGGGGCUAUGAAAUUCUGUGAUUUUUAUAAUUAUAUACGCACACUCAUACAAACACACUCUGCAUUAUAUACACACACACUCAUACAAACACACACUCUGCAUUAUACACACACACUCAUACAAACACACACUCUGUGUAUAUAAUGCAGAGUGUGUGUUUGUGUAGUAUGUGUGAACUGAGUGGGGGGGAGGGCAUUUUUGUUAUUUUAAUUUUUUUUUAAUUUUAAUAUUUUUUUAUUUUAAAUUUUGUCCCCCCUCCCUGCUUAACUGGUCAGGGAGGGGGGCUAUCUUAAUCCCUGGUGGUCCAGUGGCAUGGGCUGUGAAGUGGGGGGGCCGUCAGGAAGCAUUUACUUACCUUUCCUGCAGCUUCUGUCAGCUCCCUUCUCCUCCGUUCCGGUCAGCUCCACUGUAAGUCUCGCGGUCUGGUUGCCGCGCGGAUCGUUGCCAUGGCUCUGACGGCCACGGCUCUCUUAAGUUGCCAUAAUACAGACAGUGACUCGAGUAUAAGUCGAGUGGGGGUUUUUAAGCACAAAAAAUGUGCUGAAAAACUAGACUUAUACUCGAGUAUAUACUGUAUAUCUAAAACUAUACUGUAGUUCCACUUGAAUACAGCCAAAAACAAUUUGGGAUAUUGGGUAUUUGCAUCCACAUACACAAUAUAAUUGUUUGUUUUUUUCACACAUAAUGUAAACAUUGCAAAAUUGUAUGUUGGCUGCAAAAAUUGGGAGGGGGGGGGAGAGGAGAUUGUCCUCUGUGACAGAAUAAUUUAAAAUAACUUUUUUUUUUUUUUUUUUUUUUUCAUUGUAGCCUGACAUGCAAAACUGGAAGAAUUCACUCUUUUUGAGAAUCUUUCACAGUGGAAUCACUUGUUAACGCAUUUAUUGACUUAUAGCAUGUUUGAUGGGUAGUUACACUUAGAUUGACAUAUUCAAUGGACUGGACAACUGAAGUAUAAAGUCCAUAUACAUCUACAUGCACAGCUCACCCAUGCUACCUCAAAUGCUGCGCAUUAUAUCUUGCAAUGAUUAUUAUCAUGAUUGGCACAUGCUGCUGUUUAUGUGAUCACUAUAGUCUGGAUAUAGGUGGAUAAGCUUCCCAAAUGAUUUCAUAUUUUUGCAUAAACUUUAUUAAAAAUAUUUUUUUCAACAUAUUAAAUUAUCAAAAAUAUAUUGUAUUUCAGAAUAUUACCAAACUAAAAUAUAUAUGUAUAAUAUUUAAUCAUUUUGAAAGCUUAUCCAAAAUAUUAAAUAUCCACAAUGUAAUUGUGUUAUUUUGUGUAAAAGAAAUAAAACCUUUUCAAAUUGCACCCUAGAGUUUUUAGGUAGUCUGCAUACAUGGCAUUUUAUGGUGAAUGUGUAGAUUCAUGGACUUGCACACUCGCUGAAUCUCCAGUGCUGAACCAUGAUGUAAUUAAGGCCUAGACAAAAUACCUGUAUUAAUUGUGUAGAAGGAUAGGUGCCAGAUAAGUUAAUCACAUCAGCUUUUGUACUUGAAAAUAAAGUGUAUUUUCAUAUCUCAGCCUUUAAUUAUUUUUAACUUUAAUUAUCACGAAAAGCAUUAUUUAUAUAAUUUAGAUGGCUGUUUGGAAUCACAUAAUUCCUGUCAAUAAUCAAAAUCUCUCCUCUUUAAGAAGAUUGUAGUUUAAGCAGAAUUAAAGGAGCACUAUAGAGUCAGGAACACAAACAUGUAUUCCUGACCCUAUAGGGUUAAAACCACCAUCUAGCCACCCUGGUCCAUUCAUGCCUUCCUAAAAAUAGUAAAAUCUUACGUGCAUUCAAGUCUGGAGCUGCAGGCUUUGUUUCUGUUUCCUGUAGACCUGCCCACUGCCUGCUGACAUCAUCAGAAGUGGUAGCCUGAUCCAAUCACAAUGCUAGGAUUGGCUGAGACUGACAAGGAGGCAGAUCAGGGGCAGAGCCAGCACAAUUCAAACACAGCCCUGGCCAAUCAGCAUCUCCUCAUAGAGAUGAAUUGAAUCAAUGAAUCUCUAUGAGGAAAGUUCAGUGUCUUCAUGCAGAUGGCGGAGACACUGAAUGUGUGGAUACAUUUUAGGCAGCCAUGACCCAGGAAGGAUCUCUAACAGCCAUCUGAAGAGUGACCAGUGAAGUUAUCACUAGGCUGUAAUGUUAACACUGCAUUUUCUCGGAAAAGACAGUGUUUACAGCAAAAAGCCUAAAGGGUAUGAUUCUACUCACCAGAACAAAUGCAAUAAGCUGUAGUUGUUCUGGUGACUAUAGUGUCCCUUUAAGUUUGUUUCAUAACAUCUAACCAGUUGUCAAACAAGAGCCUACUAGUCUUAUAGUAAAAUAAGGAAUAAUAACACAUCUUAAUGUGGUGCAUUUAACAAAGAAUAUAUAAUGCAAGAAUAAUGGUGUAACUAAGUUUUUACUGUACUUUUUUUUUUUUUUCUCCCUGUGGAUAAACAACUAUAAAUGUUAAACACUAAAUAUUUAUAGAUAUUGUAAAGAAGAAUCAAACCGAACUAUACACUUGUUUGUCUGUAUUUAUUGAUUACAUUCUAUUUUUUCCUCUGUAUUUAUUGAUUACAAUGUGUUUUGUCAUAUAAAUAUAUGUCUCACAAAGGGUUGAAACAAGAUCUUGGACGGAAGCAUAAAGAAGCACAGCAGUCCUGCAAAACACACAAUAUGUCUGUACUGAAAGCUGCACAGCAGAGGGAGUUAGAGGUAAAGUUUUUUGCCAGUUGUCUUAAAGUGAACCUGUUAAGAAUUUAAAUUGCUCCCAUAUACAUUGAAUACACCAUAUAUCACAUAGAUACAUGGUGUAUUCCAUGUAAUAUAAAGAUUUAUCCACUUUUCCUUUAUUCCAGCGCCGCCAUCUUCAUGCUUUGUGGGUAUUUCUCUAUGUGUAACAGCCACCUCCACACCAUCCUCCACUCAUCCUCUGCUACAGCUUUGUUCUUCUUUGAUUUACCCUGCACUGGGACACAUCCCCAAGCAGGGCAAAUCUUGCAGCGAUGUCGUCAUGCUAGCUUUGCUCCAGUGUCAGAGUGGAUUGACCAGCUAGGGAGUUGCCAUAGCAACUGCAACUCAUGCUAUGGGAGGAGACUAGAGGGACCUCCUGUAGGAGGUCUUUGCUACUCUCUCUUUUCAGUCAAUACGUCAGGACGCCGAGGCAUGGACUGACAGUUGGGAGAAAAACCUAUUUUUAAAUAGGUUUUUCUCAUAAUCUAUACAUUUACUAGCAAGCUUUCCCAACUUGCACAAUGUAUAGAUAAAAUCUUAUCCUAAAUAUAACAAGCAUAAGUUGUUUGGGGCAUGACAGGUGCCCUUUGAAGUCACCAUUUAAAUCUGCAAGGUUGUUUUUAAAUUAUAUUUUUGUACCACUACUUGUUAGAAAUACCUUAUUGGUAACCUGCUGAUGACCGACUUGUCACAAUGCUGUGGUCCAUAUGUCUUCUGACAAGAAUACUGCAUAAUAUACUGCAGGCUUCCAAGGUUCAAGGAUUGGUUGUAUAGAGCGUUAUUUAUUUAUUUUUUCAGUGUUUUAUAUGUGUGUUAUGGCCAUUCUUUCCCUGGUGUGUCCCUUUUAAAAAUAUCUAAUUCUUUAUUAGCUACAAAAUUCCUCUAUCUUUACUAGAGAUAGAAAUGCUUUAAACCAGCAGCCAAACAUCCGUCCGGCACCCAGGGCUCGACACUGGCAUGAGUUGCAGCCAGCACAAUGCCCAGUCCUGCCACCGGGUCACUCACAUGCAAGGCCCAGCCAAACCAACGUAAGCAGGCAACACAGAGGGGUAUCCUAUAAGGCGAGGCAGAGAGCAUGAUGCAAGCGACUGCACCACAAUCCCGACAGCGAGCCAUAUUAAGCCACAACAAAGACUUACUUCAGGGGCUCCCCUUCACCGCUCCUUCCACAAAAAUCUGGCUCCACCUAAGAGACAGUGCCACAUCAGAAGGCCCCACACUCCCAAACAUGGCGCACAAUAUAACUGCUCCCCAAAAAGCCGACAACCCACCGGCUACACAAAUUAGAGCACUUGUACCUACCAGCUGCGAGCAGCAUCCGAGGGAAGCCAGCGAAAGGAACUUGUCACAGCCACAUACUCUCCCCGAUCUUCCCCACGUGGUGUAAAGACACAACUGCGACUUGGAGGAUAUGCUGUAUGAAGAUCAACACACAACAUCACAGUCCUCAAACCGGCCCAGAAUAUGAUGGACUUAUGCCCAACUCACCAGAGGCCCUCCAGAAGGGGCAUUCGAUGAAGCCAAACCGGGAGGGAGACCCUUCCAACUACCCCAGGGGAAGACGACUACAACCAUUACCCAUGGCUCCUACUAAACGAACUGUUUUGCUUUUCUUGUUUAUCUUCCUUACUGCUCUUUUAUUUUUCAUAACUAAAGGCAAAGUUAAUAAUUAGCCAGUUAGCACACCCCUACUCAGUACCCUCGAGGGCUCAAGCCCAUGUGAAUAGCACAGAAUGUUAACCCCUCAUGUAUCACUCCCUACUCAAUAGAGGUUACUCAAUACAACCAAAACCAAGACAGGUUAACACGCCACACACCUCUCUCAGGACAAGAUAGAGAAUUUAACACUAUUUGUCGUACUCGAAAUAGGUCUACACACCCUAGUCUGAACACACAUAUGUCCUACUCAUCUUGUCAUUUAAAUUUGUAACUCAGCGAUCGCACCAAUCUAGCACCUGUAAAUAGAACGAACUCACAUAAACCUACACGCAUGCAUGCCCUCUACAUCUUGUUACCCAAUCCUUCAUCUUGUAACUUGUUACAAUGGUUAAGCAUACUAAUAUUAUAAAAAUGUGCAAACGUCUUUCAUGCCACUGUUAUCACUGUAUUGUCAAAGUUUACGCUGUUGUGGCGUCAUUGAAUCGACUUGUAAACAACUUUACAACAAAAUAAAGAAUUAAAAUUAAAAAAAAUGCUUUAAAAUACUUUAGAUUUGAAUGAGACCAUUACCUCACUCUGCAGAAUGAAAAGAAAAAGCAGGUUAAUGUGAUUUUUUUUUUUUUCCCUCUUCCCCACCACCCCCAUGUACUUGAUUCUACUUUCUUAUGCUGUCCACACUCCAUCAGGAGAGGAGGGGCGCUAAUCUAACCAAUGAGUGUCCGACCCCUAGGAAUGUGCAGUUGGAAAAUCUCUUCACACUGCCACAUCCUAAAUGACAAUAUCUGGCUUGAAAAGGGUACAUUUCAAAUCCAAAUCUAUAAAAUCAAAAUAGAUGAAGAAUGUUCUGCAGAGAAUCCCACCAACAAUCUUUCUUUACCUGGUUUCUCUUUUACGUUGCUUUUAUACCAGGUUCACAUAUAAAAUGUUCACAAUGGUCCAAAGAUAAUACCUGGCCAUUAUGUUGAAAUCUGGAGUUAUCAAACCUUAAAUCCUCUGUUAAAAUAGACAUGUCAAAGAAGGCAAAAGUAUUCAAAAAUGCUAAUACAAGCACUUCAGAGUUAAAAUACCGUUGCAGUGGUGGAUUCUUCCUGCCAGACCUCUGAAGACAUGUAUAUUACAAAGAGUCAAGUGAAGACCAAAUGCAAACAGCCAUCAACAAAACCAAAGAAAAAAGAAACAGACCUUCAAAUUUCAGAGGUUUGAAGCACAACUCCAUCAAUCCUAGACUUCAAAGGGGAAAGGCCCACGUCUGAUUUGAGUACACAAACUAAAAUUCCAUCACCUCAAUGUCAUGAUUCAUUCAACACAAAGGAACAGGAAACAGACUUCAUACAGGGACCAUCAGACUGGUUAACAAAACACCCUGUAACUGAUGUUGGUCAAGGUAGAAAAGCACCCAGACCUAGAUGUCCGAUUCUAGAGAAACCGCUGCACCGUACACCUGAGAAACUUCAAGAGUUGAAAAGGGUUAAUUUUGUUGAAGAUAAGUCACAAAUGACCUCAAGGAGUCGUUCUGUGAAAAGCAAAAGAUUGGCCCAGUAGUCGUGUCUCGUUCUGGCUCCUGACACUAAGUGCUCCAAUCAAAUCAGUGCAAAGGCACGAUAUAAAAUAAAUGAAUUGACACAGCAUACUGGUGAUAAGGCACCGGCCGCCGCUCCUCCAGGUGCUAAAGAAUCCAUAAUGCCAGCUAAAACAGAAACUACAAAAAGAGCACUCUCCAGGAACUCAAAGCAUAAUCUAAUCAUUCGUCAGUCUUCAGACCGCAGCCCUCAAGACACUUCAGGGCUCUCAUUGAGGAUCAGCCAAAGGACAACGUCUUGGAGAACAUUCCUACUAGUAAGCUGUCCAAUCAUAAGACACCUCAGGAUACGGCCAAAUGUCAGAAAGAGUAAGUUUUGGGUGCAGGACUGAAACAAAAAGAGCCCCUGAGAUUGGAGAACUUCCAGGUGGACACUGCUUGUAGUAUGAGACCACAGUGUAAAGCAUAUCUCCCCCCUAACGUGGAAGCCGGAAAUGCAGGAAAAGUGCAUUGGGAAUGCCUGAUAGAUUUACACAUGUGCAGUGGGAAGAUCUUUUCGCCUUGUGACAUCCUGACAGGGGGAGAAGAGCAGGCAUCUGAUCACAUCCUGACGGGGGAGAAAAGGGAGGGCGUCUGAUCACAUCCUGACGAGGGGGACGGGGGACGAGAGGGCGUCUGAUGACAUCCUGACAGGGGAGGGAAGAAAGGGCAUCUGAUCACAUCAUGACAGGGGGAGAAGAAAGGGAGUCUGAUUACAUCCUGACAGGGGGAGAAGAAAGGGAGUCUGAUCACAUCCUGACAGGGGGAGAAGAAAGGGAGUCUGACCACAUCCUGACAGGGGGAGAAGAAACAGAGUCUGAUCACAUCCUGACAGGGGGAGAAGAAACGGAGUCUGAUCACAUCCUGACAGGGGGAGAAGAAAGGGAGUCUGAUCACAUCCUGACAGGGGGAGAAGAAAGGGAGUCUGAUCACAUCCUGACAGGGGGAGAAGAAACAGAGUCUGAUCACAUCCUGACAGGGGGAGAAGAAACGGAGUCUGAUCACAUCCUGACAGGGGGAGAAGAAACGGAGUCUGAUCACAUCCUGACAGGGGGAGAAGAAACGGAGUCUGAUCACAUCCUGACAGGGGGAGAAGAAAGGGAGUCUGAUAACAUCCUGACAGGGGGAGAAGAGAGGGAGUCUGAUUACAUCCUGACAGGGGGAGAAGAGAGGGUGUCUGAUUACAUCCUGACAGGGGGAGAAGAGAGGGUGUCUGAUUACAUCCUGACAGGGGGAGAAGAGAGGGUGUCUGAUUACAUCCUGACAGGGGGAGAAGAGAGGGUGUCUGAUUACAUCCUGACAGGGGGAGAAGAGAGGGUGUCUGAUUACAUCCUGACAGGGGGAGAAGAGAGGGUGUCUGAUUACAUCCUGACAGGGGGAGAAGAGAGGGUGUCUGAUUACAUCCUGACAGGGGGAGAAGAGAGGGUGUCUGAUUACAUCCUGACAGGGGGAGAAGAGAGGGUGUCUGAUUACAUCCUGACAGGGGGAGAAGAGAGGGUGUCUGAUUACAUCCUGACAGGGGGGAGAAGAGAGGGCAUCUGAUCAUAUCCUGCCUGGGAGAGAAGAGAGAGAGAGAGAGAGAGUCUGACCAGUGUGAUCAUGCAGAGAAGGCUCUGGUGUCUAGUUUCUCUCUCCUGCUGCUGCACAAUGAUGCUCUGUUUCUGUCCUAAGUGGACUCAUCUGAGACUGAGUUAGGUGGGUAAGAAGAAGGGUUAAGCUGGAAAAACACCUAGCUGAGAGGUGUGCCCAACAAUGCAAUCUGACAAAGUUUUUAGCUUUCAGUGUCACAGAACUGGCUUGCAGAACCAGUUUGGAUCACUAUACUGAAACUUGCAUUGUCACUGGUCACAGGAACCCGGCUGUUGAUGGAUCAUUGGGAAGUGGAAGACAGAACAGGCAACUUAAAGGAGCACCGGGGGUAAAAUAGAGUGAUCACAUGUAGCAUAUGAAUUAUUAGAAUGGGGGGCAGUUUCCCUAUAAAAUGACCAUGUCACCAUCAGGUCCCAGGUUUGUGUUUUCUAAUGUAGAGUGUCUUUGUAUUGUUUGCACUGAAGGACAGAUACCUGGAUACCAAGUGCAGUAUAAAAUCAGAGUAAAACAUAAAAAGAAAAGGGUACAUUUCUUUCCAAGCCAGUUUUGUUAUUGGGAAGUCACUUUCUGGCUGAGAGUGUCAGCUGACCGCUCUCAGCCAAUCAGCAGUGGCCCUGCCCAGCUGCAUUUUGCACUUCCUGAAACUGAGAUUUCAGAAGCCAGGCGACGCGGUGGGAAGGUAGGUGAGAUCUGCGCUGGAGGCAACUUUGGUUUAACUGCUUCAAGUAAAAGGACUCCAGGGGCCUCCGGGCACCUUAACAACUUAAUUUAGAUUACUAAAACAGUCCCUUUAAGUCAGUAUUAAAACAAGCAGUCACGUCUCCUCUUAGAGGUGCAGAGUUUCUAUUUGAUCUAAGAUAAAUGAAAGUGAAUAAGUGAAUAUUGCUACAUAAGCAAGUAAUGCGUUUUUGUUCUUUUUGGUUUUUUUGGUAACAAUAUGACACUUUUUUUUGUGCCUGCAUACCUUCCACUCUAAGUUGGGCUGAUAAAGCGGAAGUUCAUAUUCAACAGGUUUAAACAGUUUUCAUGUGCAGAAAUAGUCAGCUGACUAUGAAAUUCUGCUUUAUAAGGCCAAUUCAGAAUUGAAAGACUACAGCCACUAGACAUAGGAAGGUAAGUGUCAACAGUUUGACAGAUUACCAAAGGAUGGCAUCUGAGGAUCCUGACAUUCUAAAUACUACAGUAUGCUGUAUCGGUUAUCAUACUUAUACUGUCAUUUUAACUAUUCAGGGUCCAAAUACAUUGCUUUACCAAAAAAAAAAAAUUAAGGGUUGCGGGGGCAGUGGGGUUUUCACUUCUCUUUUUAUCUGUUGUAGGUGAAGUUGUUUUUAUUUGUUUUUUUUUAGAUUCAUUCAAACCUUGUAUUUUUACCGCUACUUCUUUUUAUGAUAUUAAUGUGCAUUUUGACAAAGAAUUUCACAAUGUACAUACAAUGAUUAAAUUUCCAUAUUAUGUCAAAUUUUUCUUCUUGUUCUUUGUAGUCUCUGGAACAUCGAAUUAAAGAGGAACAGCGAAUGAUGGAUGAAAAAAUUGUUCUGGAACUCGAUCAGAAAGUAAUUGAUCAGCAGAGUACCUUAGAGAAAGCAGGUGUUUCUGGCUUCUAUAUUACAACAAACCCUCAGGUACUUAUUAAUAUUUUUAGUCCCAUACAGAUUUACUGUAUACGUGUGUUGGGCAUCCAUCCAGUAAGCACUCUGCAUAAAAGAUUUUAAUUUAGAGCAAGAACAGUGUGCGCAUGUGUGUGUAUAUGUAUAUUUAUGCCUUCCUCACUAAUCUUUAAAAUUGUUGGACAAACAAAGCAUUGUAGUGAUACAUAUUGAAUUAUGCAGCACGAGAUCCAGCUGAUACAUUUAAUCAGUAUAUUGUUUAAUCAGUCUAUUGUCCUAUUACUUAACUUUAUGGCUUUAUUUCUUCUUUAGAAUAGGCACUAUUUGCAAUUUUAAGUUAAUCACCCCUGCUUCCUUUCAAAGGACCCUAUAGUCCUGAAAAUAACCAUUGUAAAUCCUGGACUAUAAGUACCCCUCUGUCAUUGCAUUGUAUCCCACUCUCUUGAACAAUUAUGCAAACCAAAAUAAAGCAAGAAAAACUUGAAAUAUGUAAUAAACGUCUUGGUCAAAUGGUAUUGUUGGGCACGCCUCUUAGCUAUAUAAGUUUCUUCAGCCAUCUCCCUCCUACACACCCCUAUCCGUUUUAGACCAGUACACUAAUGAUAGAAACAUUGUGCAAAGACAGAACCCGACACUAGAGCCUGCUUUGCAUCAUCAGACUGAUAACUCUCUCUAUUCUCCCCUUUCAGGAUGUUGCAAGGUGAAGAGAUCUUCCAUCUGUAAAUGUGUCAGACAAUGCCCACAUUCCUAGGGAUAUGACACUAAUUGGUUAGAUCAGUGUCCUCCCUGGAGUGGGUGUGUAAAGCAUAAGAAAUAAGAAGCAGGUAAAUAUGAUUUUAAAAAUCAUAUUUAUCUGAUUGUUUUUCAUCAUGCAGAGUGAGGCAACUGUCAAAUUCAAAGCUAAAGCUUUUGAAUUAGACAGCUGAUUCAAAGUGGGACAUGUCCCUUUAAAUAAGAGUGCAGAGAUACAAAGCUAAAUAGUCAAACUAUAAAAAUAACUUAUUUGCAUUUUCUUUUCUUUCAAUUUGGCAAUUUUGGCCUAAUAUUUGAAAUUCCUUGGUAAAUUCCUUUCAGUUUAAAGUUUAUUGAACAGCCUGUAAGUGUAUAUUAUUUUCUCUUUUUUAUAGUGAUUUAUUUGAAAGGUGUUCAAUAAACGAGAGUAUUGGGAAAUAUGACACCAUGGCACGAAUAUAAUAACAAAACAGACUGGUUUUUUUUUUUUGUCUUAUUUUGAUCAGCUGAGCAGUAUUUUGGUAUGUGAUAGGAUUAUUUCUUUGUGCAGACAUUUUAUUUUACGUAUCCUUUGUUCUAUCCUAGGAGCUGACAUUACAGAUGAAUUUAUUAGAGUUAAUCCGCAAGCUACAACAAAAAGAGUCUCUAACAAGCAAAGGGUUUCCUUGAGCUUUUGGUGACUAGUUUGACAAACUGCAAAUAUUUGUUCUCCUGAAGUGGAUAACAGAAUUGUUCUAUAUUGGGCCAAAAUAAGUGAUUUUGUAAUGCAAAAAAUGGCAAAGACAUGUAUGAAUUAGCAAUUUUUUUUCUCACCUAUAGAUCGCACUAACCAAGCAGGAAGAAAAUGAUUUCUGUAUUUUACACUUGCUUUCUGGCCCUUCCAGCUAGUAGCCUUAUGGUCCAUUGAAGUGAAUCUGGACCAACCUGCUUUGCAAGCAUUCACAGUGCUUUUUCUGGGAGCAAUGUGUGACUUUUCAUGUAGAACCAGUGUGGCAAAUACCAAGAAAUGUUCCAAGCUGAUAUUCAUAAGAUAUCAGUAAUUCAAGGCCUUCAGUAUAUAUGUUUGCUAAGUGUAUAGAUAAAAAGUGGCACAUCAUAUGUCUAUUAAAAAGGAAAAAAUCUUAUGUGAACCAUACAAUAACUUUUUUUUUAUAUAUAUAUAUUUCCAUUUGUAAAUUAAGUUAUUUUGCCUUGAAAAUGGCACUCUGUUAUACAGUUGUAUUAAUAAAC